AUGUACCGAACUCUCAAGGAAUACUAUUGGUGGCCAAACAUGAAAAGAGAAAUUGCAGCCUUUGUGAGUAGAUGCUUAGUGUGCCAACAAGUGAAGGCAGAAAGGCAGAAACCAUCGGGUUUGUUACAACCUUUGUCAAUUCCAGAAUGGAAAUGGGAGCAUCUCACCAUGGACUUUAUUUACAAAUUACCUCGUACCCAGGAUGGUAAUGAUGGUAUUCAGGUGAUUGUGGAUCGACUCACCAAAUCCGUGCAUUUUCUGGCGGUUAAAGAAACCUUUAGUAUAGACAAGUUAGCAAAGCUGUAUGUGGAUGAGAUUGUGAAGCUUCAUGGUGUACCCGAGUCCAUUACUUCCGAUCGUGAUGCCCGCUUCACAUCAACGUUUUGGAGGAAGGAUGAAGUGGGAGAAAGACAACUUACUGGUCCUGAAAUUAUUGAAAUCACAACGGAUAAAAUUAAGGUGAUUAGAGAGAGGCUCAAGACUGCUCAAAGUAGACAGAAGAGCUACACUAAUAACCGCAGGAAGCAUCUUGAAUUCCAAGUUGGUGAUUGGGUAUUUUUGAAGUUAUCUCCUUGGAAGGGUGUGGUAAGGUUUGGUAAACGUGGGAAACUUAGUCCAAGGUAUAUUGGUCCCUAUGAAAUUGUGGAACGAGUUGGUCUUGUUGCUUAUCGCUUGGCCUUACCCCCACAACUAUCUAGAUUACAUGAUGUCUUCCAUGUAUCCAUGCUUCGCAAGUACAUAGCUGAUCCUUCUCAUGUGUUACCAGCUCAACCCAUUACACUUAGAGAAGAUCUAACAUAUGAAGAAGAACCAGUACAGAUCCUUGAUCGUCGUGAGCAACUUGUUUUGGCCGGUGGAGGAAGAAUUGAAGGUACAGAAACUGUUGAGCGUGUUGUGGAGAUGAUUUUUGAGUUUGUUAGGUUGGCCGGAUUUGGGGUUUGGUGUGAGGGCCAGUGA